AAUAGAAUUUUCACCGUAACAUACUUUCUAUUUUUUCUCCGUAACUGUCAAUCGCUAUUGCUCGGAAAGGAACACACUCACUCUUUCUCUCUCUCUCUCCUAAAACCCUAAUUCUCUCGCAUUCUCUCUCCUCGUCCUCUCGCGACUGAGUUGAAACCCUCGCCAUGAUCACUGGCUACUACUUCUACCUCUAGCUCUAUUAUUGCUCUCAAGAUCUUUGAUUUUGCUGGAUUGUGUCAGUGACUGAUUUGGUGCCAAUACAACAAUCCGUUAUUUCGGUUGAGAAGAAAAGAGAGGAUUUUCGGUUGGUUGGUUGGUGAGAUCGUAGGAGGGAUGGUGGUGGCGGAGAAUGACGGUGGGGAUGAUGGAAGGGACCUCAAUGGUGGGCCCAAGUCUCCGUGGAAGACUCCGGCUGCGCUUGACGCUAAGGCGGCUGCGGAUAUGCCUGUGAUGGGGCCUGCGGAGUCUUGGCCUACUCUUACUGCUGCUCAACUGACUAAGAGCAAUCCUGAUUUGGCUAAACCGCCCUCUAUACCGGCUGCAGAGGCAACGACAACUGGUCCCCCUUCUAAUGCAGUGGCGCCGCCGCCCCAAUCUCCAGUUACUGUGCAGGGAUCAGUUGGGCAUCAAAAGACUUAUGGCUCAGGAAAUGUUAAUCCUUCACACAAGCAUCCAUCACGACAUCUAAGAUCAGGGUCUAAGCGUAAUCCGCACGGCUCUGGUUCUGUUCCUGUUCCUGUUCCAUUCUUUCACCCGCUUCAACCUGUAGCUCCGCCCGUAAUUCAUUCUAUGGGACCUCCACCUCCUAUGGCAGUUUCUGCGUAUCCAUACCAGCCAUUCUCUGGACCUGUUCAAAAUGUUGAAACUCAUUUGGGAAAAUCUGGAUCUGAGACACCAGUUCAAGCAUUUAUGACACCAGCUCAGCCUCUCCCUCUCCCGCUCCCACGAGGGGACCAAAAUGUUUACCCUGCCCACUUUUCCAAUAGAAGACCCAAUGCACAAGAAUCUGUCAGCCAUUGGAAUCAGAAUUGGCAUCAUCAACGAGCAUUUAGGGACCCCCCCAUUCAAAUGCAACAGGGUAUUGGGCCUAGACCUUUCGCUGGACCUCAUUAUUUUCCUGCGGGUCCUGGGUUCAUGGUACCAAGUUUCCAGGGACCUGGACCAAUGUACUAUGUAUCAGCUGGACACCAAACUGCUACUAGGGGUCCUCCAUAUAUGGUUCCAUACCCUCUCAGCCCUGGUGCUCCAAUGGUGUCCCCGAAGACAUUGGAUUUAAAAAGUGAUUUAGUGAAACAAAUUGAAUACUAUUUCAGUGAUGAGAAUUUGCGAAAUGACCGUUAUUUAAUUUCUGUAAUGGAUGACCAAGGACUGGUUCCAAUAUCCCUCAUCGCAGAAUUCAAACGAGUUAAGAAAAUGACCACAGAUAUCUCAUUUAUUCUUGAUGCGCUGCAAGGCUCAGUUACUGUAGAAGUGCAGGGAAACAAGAUACGGAGGCGUGAUGGGUGGGAAAAAUGGAUUCCAGCUCAGGCAGAUUCCAAUGUGACAUCAAAACCCGAGACUCCCUCAGGCCAGCUUUCAGAGAAGUCUGUUUUUAACAAUGAUGGACAUGGUGAUAGUAAAAGGGAGGCUUCUGAAGAAAAUGUCGACCCGGCAAAAAAUGAUGAUAAAUUGACUGAACAGUUUCCUUUAAACAACAAGGCUCAGGAAAGUAAUAGUUUUUCCAUUAAUGGUGAAUCCCCUUCAGGCGGAUGUGGCGACUCAAUUGGGAAAUCAAAUGUUCCAUCCAACAGCAAGUGCUCAGAUCUUGGCAGCAAUAUUUCAACUUGCACAGAUCACUCGCAAGGUACCAAACCUUCUAAAUGUGAUGAACCUUGUACUGAGGGCACUCAAAUGUCAUCUGAGGUGGCUAUUAAGAAUCAUGAUGACAUAUCCAAUGAUUUUGCCAAUACGUUUAUGCUCGACGAAGAACUGGAGCUUGAGCAUAAAGUAACAAAGAAUGAUGGUCUUUCAUCAGCUAGAAGGUACAGUAGAAUUGACGAUGAAGAUGAAGAGGUGAUAGUUAAUGAUCAAGAUGUCCAAAGACUAGUCAUCGUCACUCAGAAUAGUGGGGUAAUUGAUGGAUCUACAAUUGGAGGUAAACAAUCGAAAUCCAUUUCCAACGAGCUUGCUUCAACUAUAAAUGAUGGUCUUUACUUCUAUGAGCAGGAACUGAAAACCAAGCGUUCUGGUCGUAAAAAGAACAGUUCUAGCUAUUGUGCAUCAGGACUGUCAAAUUUGAAACCUGGAGAGAACUUUGCUGGAAACAAUGGGAUUGAAGACUCUGGAAGUGCUAAUUCUCGAAAGAAGCAGAAUAAAAGCUUUCCAAAACACCAGUCAUCCCACAAACAAAGAUUCUUUUCUAGCACAUUUAGGAAUCACGGAAGUGGUCGACAAUCAUCGGGAAUCAUAUCAGAGAGCCCACCUAGUAACUCGGUUGGAUAUUUCUUUGGGUCCACCCCUCCUGAAAAUCAUUGCCUAAGGUCUUCAAAAAUGAGUGUUUCUCCACAUGGGAUCCUCUCAGGUAGUAGUCCACCCGUGGGUUCUUUGCCCAAGUCAUUUCCACAGUUUCAGCAUCCAAGCCAUCAGCUUCUUGAGGAGAAUGGUUUUAAACAACAGAAGUACCUGAAGUACCAAAAGCGAUGCCUGAGUGACAGAAAGAAGCAGGGCAUUGGUUGUAGUGAGGAAAUGAAUACUCUUUAUAGGUUUUGGUGUUAUUUCCUUAGAGAUAAUUUCGCCCCUUCAAUGUAUAACGAGUUCCAGAAAUAUGCGAGAGAAGAUGCUGCUGCAAGUUAUAAUUAUGGAAUAGAAUGCCUUUUCAGGUUCUAUAGUUAUGGUUUGGAAAAGGAAUUUAAGGAGGACUUAUAUAAGGACUUUGAACAGCUUGCACUUGAGUUUUACCAAAAAGGCAAUCUUUACGGCCUUGAAAAAUAUUGGGCAUUUCAUCAUUAUCGCGAACAACGUGACCAUAAAGAGCCUCUAGAGAAGCAUCCAGAAUUGGAUAGACUGCUUCGGGAAGAGUACCGUUGCUUGGGGGAUUUUCGCGCCAAGGAGCGAGCUGCUGCUACCUUAAAAGGGAACAAUCAUUAAGCUAGUUAUAAUGCCUACCUGAGUGGCAUUAGAAAUGGUGAAAUGAUAAUCAAUUUUGAAUGACAGAUUCAGCCAGCUUAUUAAAGAUUUUUGGAGUUGCACGGCCAAUUUUUGAUUUGGAGGCAAAGAAAGAGAAAAGAAGAGAUGGGUUUUCAUUUGUAUAAUAUUUUGUUGCUGGGAUUAUUUUACACACCUCUGUGAGAGGGCUGCUGACUGCUGAGUUUUUGUUGUUGAAGGUUUUCCUUUGCUCGUCGGUAUGUCUUUUGUACGGAGUUUGUCUGAGCUUGGAGAGGAGGUGCCUGUCAUUUUACUCUCUCACAUUUGAUCCUUCUUUGGAUUGUAACAUGUAUAUAUCAAGCGAAAAAAAAUUAAAAAAAAAAUAUAAAAACGAAAAACAAAACAAAAAAACAAAUUAAACUUGUAGUUUAGACAUUGUGAAAAAUGAAAUAAGAGUUUUGAAAGUCUAAUUUUGUUUUGGUUACAUUUCAA